AUCUGGGGAGACUCAUUUGUUCUUCGCGUGAAAGGGAAGAAGGAGCGCAACUGGCCUACGCGGGUGCUAAGGGAAGGCACAGGAGGCCCGAGCGCAAUCCGAGACGGCGGGCGCGGCCCGGUGAAAGGGUCUUGGUUUACCUGCGGAACUUGCCGGGCGGCUCGAGAAAGGGGAAGCAGCAGGGAAGGCGCGGCGAGUGACCGAGGAGGAGAGUUGUGCGAGGCGGCGCCGAGAAAAACUCUCUCCGCUCUUGCCUGGCGAUGGCAUUGGCCCAUGGGGUCGCGGCACUGCUGGUGGCGUUGCUUGCUCUCGGCGCCACCGUGUAUGGCGACUGCAUAUGUGAAAAGAACAAACGAGUAAAAGACUGCACAUUAAAUAAUGGUGAAUGCAAGUGUGUCUCUUGGGGAUCUGAUGUUACAGUGUCGUGUCUAACAUUGACCUCAAAAUGCCUACUGAUGAAGGCAGAAUUUACUGGCUUACAGGGUAGAAGUAUACCACGUCAUGCUUUUGUAGACAAUGAUGGCAUUUAUAAUCCGGAGUGUGACAACAAAGGCAACUUCCAAGCUAAACAGUGUAAUGGUACAAGCACUUGCUGGUGUGUGAACUCUGCUGGAGUACGAAGAACUGAAAAGAGUGAUGCAAACAUUACAUGCAAUGAAGUAGUAAGGACAAGCUGGAUUAUUAUUGAAACAAAACCUGUUAAUAGUGCUUUGGAUACACACACUGUUGAAAGGGCCAUCACAGAUGCACUUGUUCAGCGUUACCUCUUGAAUCAAAAGCACAUAAAUGUUAUGUAUGAAAACUCUUACAUCACUGUUGAGCUGAAACAAAAUGCUUCCGAGAAAUCUGCAAGGGAUGUGGAUAUAGCUGAUGUAGCAUACUACUUUGAAAAAGAUGUCAAAGGGGACCCCAUAUAUAGUCAAUCACGCUGGAAUAUUACAGUUCAAGGGGAACCUCUGCAGCUUCAAGACACUCUAAUCUACUAUGUUGAUGAAAAGCCACCAGAGUUCUCAAUGAAACGUUUGACUGCUGGAGUAAUUGCCGUUAUUGUUGUUGUAGCAUUGGCAAUAGUUGCUGGCAUUCUUGUACUGAUUUUUACUAGAAGAAAGACGGGGAAAUAUGAGAAGGCUGAGGUAAAGGAAAUGAAUGAAAUGCACAGAGAACUAAAAUCUUAACUGCUGUAACAAGGAUCACAUGAUAAACUCGAUGAAAACAUUAAAACUGAAGAUUAGCUAUGUGGAUUCAUCAUUUUUGUACAGUGUGUACCUGUAGCUUAGUAAAGACGAUUGUCUCAAACUUGAAAUGUAUACAGGCAUGUUGCAUUUUCAGGGCUAAGACCUAGCAUGUUCAGAUGAAUCUUCUUUUGUCAUAAUUAGUGAACAUUUUAAUGAUGCCUUAUUGUCAAGUGUAUACUAAAUGAGAAGCAUGUUAUAUGAAAGUUCUAGAGGAUGUGUGACCUGCUUUUGCUAUCAGACAUGUUUCUUGCAUACAGUACAGUGUGGUGCGCUUUUUAAAAAGUCUGUAAAUAUUUUUAUUCAGAUUUGCUGGAUUUUUUUUACAAGAGGUGAAUUUAAUAAAUCUUGGAACCAA